AUGAAGUCCAAAGCCGCUCUCGCCACGAUCGGUUUUGGCAUCACCGCCUGGGCUGCUCCGGCCGACACCUGUCUUGACUACUCUGUUGGAAAGAGUCAGUGCUACACGGCCACCACCACGGUCGGUGAGGUCAACCCCUGCCCGUAUAAUCAGUGCCCGUUCCUGCACCGCUGCCGCGCCACGCCCCUGACGACGAGCACCAUUGUUCCCAUUCCUUGCAAGAACCCCUGCUGCCGCAAUACUGCCACCAAGACGGUCACCACGUCAUGCGGCACCUGCCCCACGACCUGCACUGCGAUGUUCACGGAGACCAUCCACCGCUACGAGGAUAAGUGCGAUGAAGACGGGUUCCCCCUCAACUACGACGCCGUGGUUGCUGCUGUCCCUGCCCACAUCGAUGCCACUCCUACUGCUGAGCCCGGCCGCAAUGGCGUUGCUGCUCCGACCCACCAGUCUCCUCCUGGGCCCACCGCCCGCCCCAUUGAUGACUUGGUUGAGGUCGAAUGCAACCCUCGUGUUCUUCAGGAGAUGCGCCAAAAGAUCGAGGAGUUUGAGACCAGUCCUCCAGAGCCUGACGUGAUCUUGGACCUGCGACAGCAGCUGCGCGAGAAGUCGGCCAUUAUUUCGGCCUACCGACAGUUGAAUUUCGUGGAAAACACAAAAGUAGAAAUGGGGCUCGAUCGAUACCAGUUUGUCAAUGAAGAGCAAAUUGUUGAGGACAUGAGACAGGCGGCCGUCGGACAGCACUACCGGAAGCGGUCGCCGCCACCGCUGUCGCUCGGCCCAGACGGCUCGGUAGCCACGCUGCAGCCGACGCACCACUUUGGCCCCGGCGGUAGGCGCCCGGAUGCCACCACUGAAGGGGGUGACGCGGCAGUCGAGACGGCCACACGGACGCCGACGCCCGAGGCUCGCAAGGACUGGCACCCGAUUGUGGCGGAGCCCGAAGAAGAACCAUUCCCGGAGCUGUGGCACUCCAAGUGGGGUCACGGCCCAGUCAACAACCGGCCCUCGCCUUCCACCCCUGAUUCCCUGCCGACCUUCCCGGGCCCGCCUCAAGGCCUGCCUACGGGUGGUGGUAUGGCUGAUGCAGCCCAUGCAGCUGCAGAAACUGAUAUGCCCACGCCUACACGGGCUCCCAUCGCUGCCCGUAGGCCGCCCUCACACCUGGGGCCUACGCCCUUGGCCGCGUACAAGAUCCACGAGGAGGUCGCUGAGGCUGCUGCUGCUCAUGCCGUUGCUUAUUGGAAGAAGUUUGACGAGGAGCAGGCUGCUAAACAGGCGGUUGCCGAAAAGGCUGCUGUCAAAAGGGAAGCUUCCGACGAGGCCGCUGCCCCUGAGCCUGCGGACAGCGCUAACGGUGUCAACGACGGCAAUGACGGUUAUAAGGACCCUUAUCCCGACCCCGAUACCGUGGGUGGCGUGCCCAAGUACGAGAAGCCCCAUCACCCUCACCACAUCCCGCCAAACAACGGCUCUGGCGGCCCUGGCACUGGCCCCACGACACGCGAAGUUGCCGGUGAUGAGACUGCCACCGAGAACAAGGUCGAGAGGGACAGUGGCCCCGAUGUCAACCACGGUCCCGCCAGUGACCCUACCGACUCCGACGGCCUCAUCAUCGAGCCGCCCCCGCCGCCGCCCACCACCGGUGGUGUGCCCAAAUACCAGCACAACGAGGCCGAGGUCGAAGAGGCUCGCGAGGCUGAGGCCGCCGUGGACAAAGACGCCACCCUGCCCCCACCGACGCACCUGCCGCCUCCCAAGAUCAGCCUGCCGCCCUGGGCCAAGGGGCCACUGGAGACACAUGUCUCCGAGGUCAGCCAUGCGUGA